UUUCGUCCUCCGCAUUUAUAUUGGUCCGGCUUUUCGAUUACCGCUCGAUCCAGAGCCUGUAGAAGCUAAUCGAAACCGACUAGAUUCUAAUAUUGUCCAGGAAUCUCAGGAUGCCAUGCGUCGGGUUGUUGUGACGGGUUUAGGAGCUGUGACUCCUCUAGGGGUAGGAAUCCGUCGAACAUGGAAACGUCUGCUAGAUGGCCAUUGCGGCAUUGUAAAUGUCAACCAUCUCGACUCCAGGUUCGCGGACUUACCAUGUCAGAUCGCCGCUCUAGUGCCUAAUGGCAAAAGGCAGGAUGGCGGCUGGACUGCGUCAGAAUGGCUGAGUAGGGAUGAAGAGCGCAAGAUGGCGCGUUUCGCUCAGUAUGCUUUAGCUGCUUCGGAAGAGGCUCUUGAAGAUGCGGGCUGGAAACCCAGUUCGUUUGAGCAGAGAGAAUCUACGGGUAUCUGUCUCGGGUCGGGAAUUGGUAACUUUGAUGAAAUCUACGACACCGUCGUGGCAUACGAUAAAGGAGGCUACAGAAAGGUAUCUCCAUUGUUUGUCCCGAAACUCUUAAUCAAUCUCGGCGCUGGCCAUAUCUCUAUGAAGUAUGGAUUCAUGGGGCCUAACCAUGCGGCUACCACCGCAUGUACCACUGGAGCACAUUCCAUCGGUGAUGCAGCUCGCUUUAUCGCAUGCGGUGAUGCGAAUGUGAUGUUAGCUGGCGGGGCUGAAUCUUGUAUUCAUCCGCUGGCUGUUGGAGGCUUUGCCCGAGCGCGGAGCCUUGCAACGAGCUAUAAUGAUGUUCCCGAGAAGGCAUCGAGGCCUUUCGAUGCGGAUCGCGAAGGGUUCGUGGUCGGCGAAGGCGCGGCAAUGGCCAUUCUAGAGGAGUUGGAGCAUGCAAAGUCAAGGGGUGCACGUAUCUACGCUGAGUUGAGAGGCUAUGGCUGUUCGGGCGAUGCACACCACAUGACGGCGCCCAAAGAAAACGGCGAAGGUGCAUUAAUGGCCAUGAGAAAGGCUCUGAAGAAUGCUGAUCUUCAACCGUCUACAGUUGACUAUAUUAAUGCACACGCCACCUCAACGGUAGUCGGAGAUGCGGCAGAAAAUGCCGCGAUCAAAAGUCUCCUUCUUGGCCCUGGAGGAAAGCGAAAGGGAGCAGAUGUAAAUAUCAGCAGCACCAAGGGUGCUGUGGGUCACUUGUUAGGUGCUGCUGGCGCUGUGGAGGCCCUCUUCACAAUCCUUGCUAUCCAUGAGAACAAGAUGCCCCCAACCAUUAAUCUGGAUCGGCUCGCCGAUGGAUUUGACUGCAACUACGCCCCGAAGCAGACCCAAGAGCGCCAGAUAGACGUGGCACUGACCAACAGCUUCGGCUUUGGAGGGACUAACAGCAGCUUGUGCUUUUCUAAGCCAUAAUAGGCACUUGUGCUACGUAUGGCGUUUGGCUUUGAUAACUGCAAGCUAUGUUACAUGUAUAACCUUAUCUACUUGUACAGUAUGUGAUAAGAUCCGAUGGUCCUUGAUAUAUGAGUCGGUUUAUGUAUCAUGGUGUGUACAGUCUCGAGGCGCUAGGCCAUACCACAUUAUGACUUGAUAUGAAGGGAUAACCUCCAUUGUCUUAUUGUUGCGACUUGAAGGGCAGAGGGGAGGGGA